AUGCCCGCUCAGCACAAGGUCAACGCCCGCGUGCCAGCGAGCCUUUGCUACAAUAACCUGAGCAGCAACGGCCGGCACUUUGCCUUCGCGCAUGCCACUGAGGCCGCACUCUGCGCGGCAGACGGCUCCGGAAAGCCGACGCUUCUGAAGGACCGAGCAAACAGCGCCGACAUGGACGGCAGCGUGGAGGGCAUAUUGGCAAUCGCCGCAGGCACCGAUAAACCGGACGGAUCGAGCGAGAUUAUCCUGGCAGAGAUUGGCACCGAUGGCGCCCCGCUCGCCACGAUGCGACUAACUGCAGAAGCGCCGGAGCUGUGCACCUCUCUCCGGAUUCGUGGAAGGACAAUGCUCGCAGCGUACUCCACCGGGCGCGUGCGCGUCUUUGACGUGGACGCCAAGCGCUGCGUCGCUGUCGUCGCGGCGCACGCGCGGUGGAUCAACGCUCUAGAGGUGCACCCGGGCCGCGGCAUCUUUGCGUGCGCCUCGGAGGACGGGUAUGUCUCGGUGUGGGACCUCGAGCCCGGCCGGAGGGCGAACCACGUCCUCACGGGCGUUGCCUUUGUCGGCAACAGCGUCGCUGCCACCGCCUACGACGUGAGCUCGCUGCUCACUUGGAGCUUGGGCUCUGCCGAGUGA